AUGCAUCACGCGCGGAUGAGUGCCCCAGCGGGUUCAAUUCCGUCGUUAAGAACUCCAAAACUGCCAUGUAAGAUUGUAUACUAUCUGUUUUCAGCAGCUGUUGACGAGCAGCUUUCUCCCCAAGCGAGACGUUUAGAAGUGGUAUCCAAACAAGCAACCAAGGUAACAGCGAUAUCCACGAGGCUGGAAUGGCGAAUAGAUCAGUUUGAAAAGCUUAUGAAACUAUUCAAAAAUAGUUAUAAUUUGAUAUCUAAACAAUUUGGUUGCCCUCAAGCUCCGACUGUUACUUGGGAACUUCAUGUCUAUCCGAAUGGAAAGCGGGAAGAAGAUGUAGGCAAUGUUUCUUUUUUCCUCCGUCAAGUAGGAUUGCAGCGAGGCGAAGAUCCAAUUAUGACCGAAUUUCAAAUUUAUGCUCUAGAUGCUAAUUCUUUGCGCGUUAGCGUUUGUCGAGAUACUAAGGACUUUACAAAUCAGCAAGGUAGAGGGAAGUUCCAGGUAGCACGUGAUAAAAUGAUGGCAGCAUUGAAAGCUGACGGGUCUUUACUUCUCAUUUGUGAAGUUGAGUAUUUUCCACCGGGUUCAAAAAUAAGUGUUGAACAGGCAAUUGAGCCCGAAAUUUCCGAUGAUUUUGAAGAGAAAAGCGAACUUUCUAUUCGGGAAUCGUUAAAGGAGAUGCUAGAUAAUGAACUUCUUAAAGCGCAUAGGUGUAUUCUCGGUCAACAUAGUGAGGUGUUUCGCUCUAUGUUUGCUCAGGAGUCUAUGUUAGAAGCACAAAAAGGAGUUAUUGAUAUUCAAGAUUGCCGAUUCGAACCGGUUCGAGCGAUGGUGGAUUAUAUCUAUACCGGUAGUACGGAAUUAGUGGAAGGGUAUGCGGAAGAUGUAUUAGCUAUUGCUGACAAAUACGCUAUAUUACCUUUAAAGGAGCAGUGCGAGCGGUAUCUUUCCACGACUAUCAACUGUAAAAAUGUUGCGUCUACUGCUGUUUUUGCAGAUACAUAUUCAGCUUCAAUAUUAAAGCAGGCGUGUAUAAGUUUUAUGGUACUGCACCACCGGGACGUUUUACGUACAGCAGAAUGGAAACAAAUGAAGAGAGAACGAUCAGAAUUAGCGAACGAAUUGUUGGAAUCUGUAUUGGCCGGUGAAGGACCAUCAAGUGCUAACGAUUUUUCAUUUAGUAGCAGCGAGGAAAGUCGGACACCGACGAGUAGUAUUGAUCCGGCUCGACCACAAAUGCGAAAGCGAAAAUGGAAAGUAUUUUGCAUGACUUUCAAUGUCAAUGGAAAAAGGGCAGCUACAGAACCAGUUGAAGGUCUGUUAAAUGAUGAAGGCUUUGCAGUGGCGGAUAUUGUAGUCAUCGGAUUACAGGAGGUUGCUCAUUCUGAAUUAUUUGGGAACUUUCUUUAUGACAUAUCGUGGACUUCUGUGAUUUGCUCGUGGAUGUAUGCCAAUAAUAAAGUACUAUUGUACAAAACAUCUUUGGCAACCAAUCUACUUCUGGUGUUUGUUCGGGAAGAGGUUCUUAUGGCUGUGGAAAAAGUUGAUGCUCGUUUUUCUAAAGCGACGUUGAAUGGUCUAACUGGACACAAAGGGAGUAUCUCAAUUAGGACGAAGCUUAAGUUGCAGAGUGGUGAUGCCAUUGUUUUUAUUUCCUCACACUUGGUCCCCCAUGCUGAAGGCUAUAAGAAGCGCUGUUUACAGUUUGAAAACAGUAGAAUCUGUACUUUUGAAGACGAGCAGUCAGCCUCAACUUCGUACUCUACAAUAUGGCUGGGGGAUAUGAAUUGGAGGAUAGAUUCUUUAAGUCCUUUGGAGAUGGAGGGGAAGCUGAAGGAAAUAGUGGAUAGUACUAGUACAGAAACGUUCGUUGAAUCAUUUGAUCAGUUAAGAAGGGCUAAAAAAAACAAAGAAGCUUUCACCGAAUUUGCUGAGCCACCAGUCUUUUUCAACCCUACAUACCGUUUAAUGGUCGGGACUGGAGACUAUGAUUUAUUAAGGGUGCCCUCAUGGUGCGACCGAAUACUUUCUAAGGGAUGCUCCUUGCUUUGUGAAGCAUAUAGAUCGAAUGAAAAUGUGACUUUGUCCGACCAUUUCCCUGUUGUUGCAAUAUACUCGUAUGCCCCUUCGGUCAGUUGUUUUGAGUGGGAUGUUUCUUUUGAAGAGGUUCCGAAAUGGUCUAGCUUUGUGCCAAUGAUUUGUCGUUUUUCAAUAUUUGAUAAUUUUUGGUAUCGCGAAGGAGCUUAUCGAGAUUGGGUAGGUGUCUAUCUAGACAAAAUAAUGGAUCCACUGUAUCCAAAACACUGGGUUUAUUGCUUUUCUUGUUACAAAAUGAAUGAUGCAGAUAAUUCUCCUUUUGUCGCCGAAUUUCCUUGUCUGUCACCCGGAAGAUAUCGAUUUGGGUACUACAGUGUCAAGCGAAACGCUCUUCAAGGCAUCUCUUCUCCAUUUGUUGUUGUCUAG